AUUGGCUAUUGCGAUCUAUUUUUUUAGUAGAGCUCAAACUUUAUUUUGUGUUCAACUAGAUUAGGCGCGAAUCAGGAGAAACCAGAGUGAGUCAAGAAUAAAAAGCGAAAUAUACUUAUUCAUAAAUAUAAACAUGUAUAUUUUAUUGUACUAUGCAGAUACGUAUUAUAGAAAAAGACGGUUAAUCCCUUCCUUUACUUCGUCUCGGUACACGUCGUUACUGUUUGUUGAAUGCUAGCUUAUGAUCAACUUGGCGUCAGUCACUCAGUAGUUUAUGCAGUGAUAACUAGUUUAAUAAGUUGAACGGACUAAAUUGUGAUACAUUCAAGAGUAGUCAUACUAUAAUCUAUAGCAGAAUAAGCUGUGAUGCAGCGUACGUAAAAAAUGACAGCAUGAGAGAAAGAAAAAAUUUUGUCAAUUUUGGUAUUUAAAAUAAAUACAGCAACAAGAGACAAAGAUGACCUUCUACUACUAUAUGAUAUUUUUCGUCUUGUAUUUUAGUAGCUUGCUACUUUUCGUUAAACCCGAUACCAGUGUUCAUAUUCUAUCAGAACAGUACGGAAAUGGACAACUUAUUACUUCUAGUACAUUGAAUUGGAUACCAGAUUUGCGUUACAGUGCUUCAAAAGAAUUUGUUAUCGGAGGCUUUGAAAUUAUUGAGUAUUCAUCAGAAGGCUCGUUGCAAAUAAAAAAAAGACCAAUCUUUGUGUGCCGUGCGAUGCAUAAUGGAAUAUGGGUGGCGGGCGGUCAAAAAGAGGGUGACAAACGGUGUACAGUUACCCUGACAGGUAACGUACGUUCAUAUGAACGUUACCAGUUGUUAGAGAACGUGGAAAAUGCAGCACGUGUUAGUUGGAACGAUUGGACCAAAUUCUAUAGGCCACCCUUUGGAUCUGUUGCGACCGACAAGUUGUACGUUGCGAGGCACAUCAUCAAUCAGACAGCACAUAACGGAGAGAGGCCUUUCCAGACCCACUAUAUUGGUACUCUCAGCUCUCAAGAUACACUUGGUACUAUUACCUAUGUCAAGGAGGAUGGUAAUGAAGGUUCAGCGGAAUUCGGUCAAUUGUUAGUCGAAACAGAGCCGAUAUCAUAUGAAUUGAAUACCGUUGUACUCAAUAAUAUGAAACAGCAGAUAGUAAAAAAAAAAUUACAAAUCCUCGGCGAAGCUACAAUAAAAAAUGAGGGGUCUACGCCGGUUGUGAUGGCCGAAGCUUUUGUUAAUAUAUAUUUGUAUACACUUUAUUGGGGUCAAGGGCAUGCUAUGCUUAAAGGCCUUAACACUAGUGUUAUCUUACAAAAUAAAACACGAUUGUCGGAUACAAAGUGGGGUAUCGAUAUUAAAGAAAAUCGUACCAAUGUUUAUACAGUGGAGGUAUAUUUACAGCCAGGAACAGCAGUAAAUGUAACUCUUCGUGGAUAUUACACUGAUGUUGAAGUUCCUUAUAGUGGCAAGCUUUUAUCUCAUUACAAAGACAAUGCUUCGACUGAUCCACGCAUGAUAAAUGGUGUUCGUCGUGAAGAAAGUAUUGUCGACAUUACACCCGAGUUUGGGAGUGUAUAUUAUUUUCAUAAUUAUAACCUUAUACCCACAACAGUUACGUUCCUCAGUAACGAGUCAACAACUAGUAAAAUGUUGAUCAUGACAAACCAUCAGCAGCAAACAAAUCGACUUGAUUUGGCAAAUAAUAAUCCUGAACGACAGUUAAAAAAGGAAAAUGCAGUCAUUGAUAUGAAUGAAAUAUUGAAUUCGGUGACACAACACGAAGUAGCAAAUAUACAGGGCGAUGAUGGUGUCCCGUUAUCAUUGAAGAAUAAAAGCGAACAGUCCAUGGCUACAAACACUAGAGUAUCAAGAUUCGUAUUAUUAGGGAUAACAAUGUUGACGUCAAUGCUCUCAUUGUUACUUAAUCGAGUUACGUGAAUCUAAACAAAAUUAAGUGACACCAAAGAGCUUUUUAUUUGCUUUUUGAAAAAGAGUUUUAAAGGAUCUAGUACUUGGUAAUCCGUGAUUUUGAAAAUAAUAAAAUAAAACAAUUAUAAAACAGUUCUUAACUAUUUAUAUACUUUAAUG